GAACCUCGGCCGCAAAGAUGGCGGCCGUGAGAGCCGCGGAGGUCGCCGGGGCGGGAGUCCGGCACCCAGCGGCCAGGUCGGGGGUCGCGUAGCGUCCCCCUCGGCCCUCCCCCGUGUCCCAGGCCGGCGGGGAGCCCCUGGGCGCGGCGGAGGUGGCGGCCGCAGCCCCCGGCCGGGCCCUCGGUCCGCCUUCCCGGCGCGUCCAUGAACUCGGUGUCGCCGGCCGCCGCGCAGUACCGGAGCGGGAGCCCCGAGGACGCGCGCCGCCCCGAGGGCCGCAGGCCGCGGGGUCCCCGAGUCCCGGACCCCAACGGCCUGGGGCCCUCCGGAGCCAGCGCCCCCGCUCCGGGCCCGCCCGGGGCCGCCGCCGCUGAGCCCGACGAGGUGGACAAGUUUAAGACCAAGUUCCUGACGGCCUGGAACAACGUCAAGUACGUCCAGCAAGUGCUUCAUCUCGCUGGGGCGCUGUCCCCCAUCUCCCCAGGUUGGACUUUCAAAAGUCGGACCAACUUUAGCAAGAUCUCCAGUGUCCACCUCUGCGGCCGCCGGUACCGCUUCGAGGGUGAGGGUGACGUCCAGCGUUUCCAGCGGGAUUUUGCGUCCCGCCUGUGGCUCACAUACCGCCGGGACUUCCCGCCCCUGGCCGGGGGCUGCCUGACGUCGGACUGCGGCUGGGGAUGCAUGUUACGCAGCGGGCAGAUGUUGUUGGCUCAGGGCCUGCUGUUGCAUUUUCUGCCCAGAGACUGGACAUGGGCUGAGGGUCCGAGCCUGGGCACCCUUGAGCCUUUGGGGUCAGCCUCUCCCAGCCGGUACCGAGGCCCUGCCCGCUGGGUGCCCCCACGCUGGGCCCAGGGCACCUCCGAGCUGGAGCAGGAGCACUGGCACCGGCAGAUCAUAUCCUGGUUUGCUGACCACCCCUGCGCCCCCUUUGGUCUACACCGGCUGGUGGAGCUCGGACAGAGCUCAGGCAAGAAGGCGGGCGACUGGUAUGGGCCGUCGCUGGUGGCGCACAUCCUCAGGAGAGCCGUGGAGAGCUGCUCUGAGGUUGCCCGCCUGGUGGUGUAUGUUUCUCAGGACUGCACAGUGUACAAGGCAGAUGUGGCCCGCCUGGUGGCCAGGCCGGACCCCGCAGCCGAGUGGAAGUCUGUGGUCAUCCUGGUGCCCGUGCGGCUGGGUGGCGAGACUCUGAACCCCGUGUACGUGCCCUGCGUGAAGGAGCUCCUGCGUUCGGAGCUGUGCCUGGGCAUCAUGGGGGGCAAGCCGCGGCACUCGCUGUACUUCAUUGGCUACCAGGAUGACUUCCUGCUGUACCUGGACCCCCACUACUGCCAGCCCAGCGUGGACGUCAGCCAGGCCAACUUCCCCCUCGAGUCCUUCCAUUGCACCUCACCCCGCAAGAUGGCCUUUGCCAAGAUGGACCCAAGCUGUACUGUGGGGUUUUAUGCUGGAGACAGGAAGGAGUUUGAGACGCUUUGCUCGGAGCUGACCAGGGUCCUCAGCUCCUCCUCAGCCACAGAGCGGUACCCCAUGUUCACCCUGGCCGAGGGCCACGCUCAGGACCACAACCCGGACCACCUCUGCCCCCCGCUUGCCCAGCCAGCGCACCGUCUCCCUCGCGCGGGGCGGCUCCUCAAGAACAAACGCCCGAGCUCAGAGGACUUUGUGUUUUUAUAAAGGGAGGGGUGGGGGAAAGAUGCAACUAUUUAUUUUUUUAUUUAUGUCACGCUGGGCGUGGAAGCCUGAAGUCUGGUGGUGACAUGAUGCCCCCUUCCCACCCACCCACCACCCCCCCCUUCGGCAAGCUGAGAACCGUCCAGGGAGCCGCCAGGCUGGGGGUCUUCAGCCAGGCACAGAGCCCGCCUGCCUCCUGCCAGCCAGCCCCUCCUCACGGGCUGGGGGACAGGCUCCUGGGCACCCACUCAGGGCCCGACUCAAGUACUGUAGUUUGCACUGUACUGUCUGCACCCCUCACUGGGCCUCAAGCCCCCGUCCUGCCAAGGGCGGCGGGGAGACCAGCCACUGGGGGCUAAUAAAGCUGUGUGACUUGAA